UAACAAAAAAAGUAAGUUGAUUUUUGACACGUCCUUUUUUUUUGUUUGUGAUUUUCUUACUUUAAAGGUAUUAUAGUGUCAUACCCUUAUUAUCCAUACAUGUCUUCUUAUGGAGGCUAUAACCAGUACCCACCGCAACCUGGAAUGUACGGUCAACAACCAUUAAUAACAAAUUAUCCAGCAUCGAAUUAUUACAACGGCGGGGGUAUGAUGGGAGGAUAUUACCCCAAUACUGCAGGAUAUAUGACACAAGGUUACGGUGGUGCCUAUGGUACGGUUGGUGGUGCUUAUGGUGGUGGGUACGGUGGGUAUGGAGCAAAUGGCUAUUUACCAUACAAACAAAGUACGCUUCGAACAAUUUAUAACCGACUUCGUCAUGGCUCAAGUUAUGGCAAUUAUCCAUAUUACAAUCAAUCAGGAUACCCACAGCAAAUGGGGUACGAAUACGGUGGAAGACAUCAUCACCGAGGAAGUUACAUCGAUUAUAAUUAACUGUUUUGUUUAUGUAUAAAAUCAGAUUUAGUAAAAAAAAAAAAAAAAAAAAUGGUAUCUUUUUUUAGGAGGGAAUUAGAAGGGGUUAAUUUGG